AUGUCAUUCACAACGGUCACGUUGCCAUUUGUCGCUCUCCAAGCCUUUUAUGCACACCAGGCUACCGCCCUUCCGACCAAUUCUACAACCCCAGUUUGGAUUCAACCACGCGGAUCUUCAAAAGGCGGUCCCAAUGGGCGUCCUAUAGUAGUUAUCAUAGCAGUAAUAGCGCUAGUGCUUGCUAUUUUCUCAUUCGCGAUGAUCAGAGGCUAUCUUAAACGACAACGAAAGAAAUGGGGAUCUACAGAGCAGUUACAAGCAAACACUGAAAACUCCCAAAGCUCUCCUGGCUACAGGCCGCGAACUACAGCCAGCUACUCUCCUGUAAGCGGACAGACCGAAGUCCCGCAAACUGAGACUCGAGAAGUUGGAGGGGAGUCCAGUGGUACUCCACUUGUUUCUGCGACACGCCGCUUAGGUAAGUCUUCCAUCCUACAGAGAGCGACUCCCAGACGGCGAAAUGGUGCUCGUAGGCGCACAGAACGCCCCGCUAUGUCUGAAAUCUACGGACACCGCCGCAGCGCGAGCGAUGAUGAUACCGAGAGCACGCCCCUGACCAACAAUUAUGUCGAGUAUACAGACACGAGCCCAGGUGGAACUCCCGAGGUAACACGGGCCGGGUCAAACGGCCAUCUAGAGUCUGUUGAAGGUUCGAAUGCGUCUUUUGUCAGUGCCGAGGAGCCCGAAUCUGUCGAUGCACGAGUACCAACGCCCAGUUUAAGCAGAAACACAGCCAAUGACGCUUCCCCCGCUUAUCGAGACUCACCUGUUUAUGAUGAAGCGUGCACUUCAUCCCCUGCUCCUGCAGCCAAUUCGACUGCAAUUGUACCACCACUCGAGAGAAUCGGUAGCCAUAGUGCCUUUAUCCUGAUGUAUGAAUCCAGUUGA